AUGCUCCCUCGCUUGGCUUUUACCAUCCUCACCCUCGUGGCUGACGUGUCCCUCGGCACCGUAAUUCCCCGUGCUACCGGCGCCUGCACCGCCCCGGCUGUCCGCAAGGAGUGGCGUGAGCUUACUGACGCCGAAAAGGCCGAGUACCUCCGUGCAGCAGUGUGCCUCCGCCAGCUGCCCAAGGCAAAGUACGCGAAUAUUGACGCCGCCCUCACACGCCUAGACGAUUUGGUCUAUACUCACCUUGCUCUUAAUACCGAAAUCCACUUCGUAGCAAACUUCCUCCCGUGGCAUCGUUGGUAUGUGCAAUUACAUGAGGACCUGCUGCGCAGCGAAUGCGGAUUUACGGGAACGCAGCCGUACUGGGACUGGACCAUUGACUCCGACGCCAAUAAUGUCGUCAACUCGCCUGUCUUUGAUCCCGUCACAGGCUUCGGCGGGAACGGCAAGCCUACCGGCAGCAGUGAGCCAGGUUUCGAGCGUUGCGUUGUCGACGGCCCCUUUGCCAACACGAAUCUGACGCUAGGCAUGGGGCUGCCUUACUCACCUGAACACUUCGACCGCCUACAUUGUUUCACGCGGGGGUUUAACGGCGGGCUGGGCACCGACGAAAACGGCGAACUUAUUAUAGGCGACAUGCAGGCAGGUGCAUACGGUUCUGGAGUCAUGAACACCAUCUACGCCUUUGAUACCUUUGCCAGUAUGAGUAACAUGCUCGAGGGAUUGCCGCACGCACAGAUCCAUAGUAUAAUUUUUGGUGAUAUGGGCCCGGCCACCUCGCCAAAUGAGCCUCUCUUUUUCCUACACCACGGCAACAUUGAUCGUGUUUGGGCUAAGUGGCAAGGCCGGAACAAUACCCGCUUGGCUGAUUACUCUGGCUUCCAAGACGCUGCCAAGACUAUUCCGGCGUCCAUUGCUGAUACUAUGCCUGUUCUGGAGCUUAGUGAUGCUAUACCCAUUGUCAAAGACUAUAUGGACAUUCAGGCUGGCCCGCUGUGCUAUACUUACUCAUCUAUAUAA